AUGCCAAUCACGUCGCAGCUGGACGAGGCCCGUGCGCGCCUGCAGCAGUACCGCACGCGGGGGCGGGUGGCGGUGGCGCAGCCUGGCGGCGGCGGCGCGGAGGCUGCGGGGGCGACUUCCCCGCGCACGGCGCACCCCAAGAACGUGAGUAGCCGCCUCGCCCCUCCUCCUCCCCCCUCCCACCCCCAGCUCCAAUCGGAAGCGUUGCUCACGCCAGCACGUCUGAUGAAAGGUGAAACUCAAGCUACAACUUGA